AUGUCGAAUUUGUCAAAGCUUGAAUUUGUGGCACUUGACAUUUCUGAAAAAAACUAUUUGUCAUGGGUACUUGAUGCUGAAAUUCACCUUACCGCUAAGGGUCUUGGUGAUAGUAUAAUCGAAGGAAAUAAAGUAUUAAGUCAGGAUAAAGCGAAAGCUAUGAUUUUUCUUUGUCAGCAUCUUGAUGAAAACCUGAAGGUUGAAUACUUAAUAGUGAAAGAUUCACUUGAAUUGUGGGUAAGUUUGAAAGGGAAGUAUGACCACCUCAAGGCAACGCAUAAUGAUCUUUUAAUGAAAAAUCAUGUAGCUCGUCUCGUUGGAAGUUCUCCAUUACCGGAGGCACACGGCCAGUCUGAAAUAAGACAAAGUAAUCGGGGCCAUGAUAAUGUGUGUGGGCGUGGCAAAGGCAAAAGACGAUAUAAUAAUCGUCGAGGUGGCGGUUAUAACAAAAGGGAGAACAAUAUAGGUUCUCAAAAUAAUCCGUCAAAAGGAAAGGGCGAUCACUGUCAUCGUUGUGGCCUUAAAGGUCACUGGAAAAAUGAAUGUCGGGUACCUGAGCAUUUUGUCAGGCUUUAUCAAAAUUCCUUUAAAAGGAAAGGAAAUAAAGGUGGUGCCUCCUCUUCUAAUGCCCGAGUAGAGUCACAUUUGACUCUCAAAGAUGAUGCUCAGGCAGGGUCUUCUAAAAAAUAUGAUGAGAAUAUUGAGGCAAGUUUAGCAUUGAAAGAUGAUGUUAUUGAUGAGCUCAAUAAUAUUACUCAUUUGGAAGCUGAAAAGACUUCUUUGAGGAUCACAAUUGAAGAUUGA